AUGGAUGUGAGCAGUUGUUUUCCUGUCACUGACAGUGACUUCUGCCUCUUCACGUGAUAUGUAAAGAUGAUCAUUUAUUUUAAAAGGCAUGCGGCUUUGUAACGUGGUCCUCUUCAGUCCCCUACCCCAUCUAUGUUUGCUUCAAAAGUGGGCCGCCUUCAAGCUGUUUAAAUGUCCACAUCCGCAGAAAGAGAUGCCACACACGCCCAAUUUCACUUCGCAGGGCAGUGUGCUGUUGCACUUGUCGGAUGUUGAGAGAAAUUAAUUCGCAGGCUUGAGGGGAGAAAUGGUGGCGGGCUCUCUCCGCUUCAGCACUCUGGACAGCGCUCCGGGAACUUGUGGAGGACGGCGGGACCUGGACGGGAGGAUUAAUUGAGCUGGGGAGGUGCUGGAGUAAUGUACGACUGGUAACCAUGGUGGAUUUUAAGUGCUUUUUAUCAACAACAGGCACAGCUAACUCGAGAGUGGACUUUCUGAAGUGAGACAUGGACUUUGCUGAAAUUAUUUUCGCGUUGUUCAUCGUCGUGGUCGCGGUCGUCUCGCUGCUGUCAAACUUGUUGGUGCUGCUAUGCUUCGUCCACAGCACCGAGAUACGCCGACAGGUGCCUGGUGUGUUCACCAUGAACUUGUCCUUCUGCAACAUACUUAUCACUGUUUUGAACAUGCCAACGACCUUGGUGGGGAUUAUCACAAACCGGCAGCCUUUUGGGGAUUGCCUUUGCCAUACAGUGAGCUUUCUGGAGACCUUUCUGACUGCAAACACCAUGCUGAGCAUGGCAGCUCUCAGCAUAGACCGGUGGAUAGCGGUGGUCUUCCCCCUCAGUUACUCCACUAAAAUGCGCUACAAGGACGCGGUGAUCAUGGUGUGCUACUCCUGGCUGCACUCCCUGUCCUUCUCCCUGACAGCGCUGCUCUUCUCCUGGGUCGACUACAGCCACGUUUACGCGUCCUGCACCUUGCAACUGAGCGAGGAAGGCGACAGGAUUAAGUUUACAGUUUUCACCGUCGUUUUCCAUGCCACCAGUUUCAUGCUGUCCCUGCUUAUUUUGUGUUUCACAUACUUGAAGGUGUUAAAAGUCGCAAGGUUUCAUUGCAAGAGGAUUGACAUAAUAACCAUGCAGACUCUUUUCCUGUUGGUCGAUAUUCACCCAAGCGUGAAACAAAGAUGUUUGGCUGAACAAAAGAGGAGAAAGCAGAGAGCCACAAAAAAGAUCAGCAUCUUCAUCGGCUCAUUCAUCAUCUGCUUUGCUCCAUAUGUUAUCACAAGGCUGGCGGAGUUACUUCCCUUUGUGGGCAUCAACCGCCACUGGGGAAUCAUCAGUAAGUGCCUGACAUACAGCAAGGCCGCAUCCGACCCCUUCGCCUACUCCCUCCUACGUCAGCAGUACAAGAAGGUCCUGGUUACUGUCGUCAACAGGGUGCUUCGUCGUGACCUGUACCCCUCGUCUGGCCACAACAGCUCCUUAGACACAGAGAACGACUACUGUCUCCAGAGGAUCAGUUAAUGGCAAAUGCGCGGACAUGACAGAUACACUACGGGCCAAAAAUAAAGGUUGCCUCUUGGUAGAGAGGGUGGGAGGAGGAAGAAAGAAUGAGCUGGAUGCCGGAGAGAUGGAGAGGGCAGGAUAUUGUUAGGAGGAAAAAGAGAGCAGAUAGGGGGACAGAUUGCAGUGAGAAAGCGAGAGCAGAAAAGACAGUGCGUGGAAAGAAUGAAAAGACAGUAAUGAGAGGGAGGAUGGAUGUGGAAAGAGGAGGAAGAAGAGGGGUGAGACUAAGUGAGGGAGGGCUGCACAGAUAGGGGAGUGUUGGGGACAAUGCUGAGAUGUUGGCCCCUGACAAUAUUGGUAAACAAGGGAGCCAGAUCGUGAUUCACUGGUGACGUUAACUCAUGCACACACACAUAGACAGCCUAGAUCAAAUGAAUCAAUUUCAUUGAAUAAGUCAUGGGCUCAGAUGAAUCAUAAACUGAAGGACUGCACCACUGGAGACCCCACUGUAUGCCCACCCCCUUCACUUGGAAGUAGGAGACAUGUAUAAAGUGGCCUUUUGUACCAUAUGAACCACUUUAUAAUGAUAUUGGCAAAACCACAUGUAGUGACCUUUCCGCCUCUGCAGAACACAGGAACAGACCGGGAGGCUCGCGGUCGAUAGGCGGUGGAGCGAAGAUGUGAACGUUACAGUACACUGGUCCUGCUGGCUGUCAGUCAUUACAUACCGGUGCACUGCCAUCACAUCUGGAAAAAUGUACUUUCAGUGAACGGAAGCAGCCUAGGUGUGGAAACUCCGAGAGCUGCACGUGAUCGCCAUGUUCUGUAUUGACCGUGUUAGAAAACUUUGCAGGUGUUCACAAUGUCAUGUCAAUCACUGAAUAUUGAUGCACUUUGUCUAAUUUCUCUCAGAGCUACUAGUUACAGGAGCCAAAGGCAAAUAACAUUUAUACCAUGUUAUUAAAAGUUUGAGUUGUUACUGAAUGUACUAGAGAUAGCCCACUUUUGACUGAUAUGCAUUUGUACGACCGUACUUUAUUUUGCCAGUUGACUGAAGAAAAUGUUUGUAUGGAUAUUUACAUGAUGUUCUAUAUUUUGCACUGUACAGGAACAAUUUAUUUGUUUAGAUACUUUUCUUCAAAUGGAAGCAAUGUGAUGUAGCAUACGAAUGUUUUCAAAGUGCUUUUAAACACACUGUUUUGUGUUUGUGCCAGAUUAUACUAUGACUUUUUUGGCUGUUCAAUACUAUAACCAAGGUAGCUGCUUUUAUUAAAACUUGUUUCUUUAGAUGUACUUUAUGCACAUGUAUUUUUCUUCCUGUGAGCCACUUGCUGUUCUUUGGCAGUGUG